AUGCCUUCCCUGCGGACCAGGAAGAGGAUCGGAGUCUGUUUGAAUGAGACGAAGAAGAGGAAACUCAAUUUUCACGUAUUUGAAGAUCUCUGCAGGAAUCACGGCUAUGAUGUGACAGAGGUUGACCUCACUAAGUGUCUAAAUAGUCAAGGGCCAUUUGACUUAAUCAUCCACAAGUUAUCGGACCUCCUGGUGGAGGCUGGUCAGGACCUUACCUCCCAUCACCUUGUCCAGAGGCUUCAGGUAUAUCUAGAUAAACAUCCAUUUACCAUCCUCCUGGACCCCCUUUCAGCUCUGCACACACUGCUGGACCGCUUUCAGUCAUACCAUCUCCUGCGCAGCCUAGAGUACCGCAGCCAAGGGGUCAGCGCCAUAUUCUCUCCUCCCUGUGUUGAGCUGAUGACCAAACAAAGUGAUGUUGUGGAAUUAGUUCGAGCCAACUUGACCUUCCCUAUCAUUUGCAAAACCCGCGUAGCUCAUGGACCGCGAUCGCAUGAGAUGUCCCUGAUAUUUAAUGAGCGAGGGCUGAAAGAGGUGACUCCCCCAUGUCUUCUUCAGAGCUUCAUCAACCAUAGCGCCACCCUGUACAAGGUGUUUGUAGUGGGAUCGCAGCAUUUUGUGGUGAAGAGACCAUCCAUACGGAAUUUUCCCCUGGAAGAGACAGAUCAGAAGACCAUCUUCUUCAACAGCCAUGAAGUCUCCAAAGCAGAAUCCUGUUCUCACCUCUCUCAGACUCCCCUGUACCCAGACGUGCAGCCCCCAUCAGAUGACGUGGUCAGACAGGUGGUCCAGGGUCUACAGGAGGCUUUGGGAAUGUCCCUCUUUGGUAUAGAUUUAAUUGUGGACACGCAGACUGGCCGGUGUGCAGUGAUUGAUGUCAACGCUUUUCCAGGCUAUGAAGGAGUCCCUGAGUUUUUCUCUGCUUUACUCUCCCAUGUGGAGAAACGUUUAGGAAACAACCAGGAUCAAUCCUCUACAUUGGAGCUCCAAGCCUCUAUCCCUCAGUGUGAGGAGCACAGUAUGGAGCGGAGGUCCUUGCCAGAGCCAUGCAAAAGGCAGCUCAGUUCUCCUUCCUAUUUCAGCAUGUACACCCCACCCCUGUCUGCUGAUUGUUGA